AUGCCUGUGGUUAAUAAUUCUUGGCCUAACGAUAUAGGGAAAUUAUAUCCAUUUGGAAAAAAACGUUGUGAAGAAGCACAGAUAGUUAAUCAGCCAGAGACCGCCCAAGGGCAAAAUGAUACAGAAUCAAUUACUUCAUCCGUUAACUCUUCGUCUAAUGUACCUUCUGAAGGUGUUUCAUACGAUAUUUGGACUCGUUUUAAACAGAUUGUUGAGCGGAUUAUAAAUGAAAAAAAUUUAACUUUAGAUGAAGCGUGUAAUAGAAUAUCAGUUGAAAUAACUGAUUAUGGUAUAGGAAAGAUUUGUGCGCAAACUGUGAAGAAUUUCUAUAAAAAGAAUACCUCUUAUAGUAAAACAUUAGAUAAGAUUAGUGUAUGGGUACACAAGAAUGAGUAG